CAGUGAUGAUAUUUGUCUAAUAGAAUGCUUCCAACAUAACUGUACGUCGAAGUAGUUCGAACGGAAAGCUUCGAGAUCGCUAAAGGGAACCACCGACCAAUACAUGUGAGCGAUAGCUAAGGCUUGACUGUCUCCUAUUUGCGCUCAGUAUUUGAAAACCACAAUUCUCCAUUGCCAUGAUAACUCUAGCGAAAUCAUCACGGAGGAUGUUCGACUAUCGCUGCGACGACCACGGAUCCACGCUUCACCGAGGCCCGCGGAGAUAGAGGAAAACACCGGCUGAUGGAGACUUCAUGAACAUGUCACACAGGACAGCAUAUCAGCAGCGAUUCACCAUUACAUGACAUGGAGAAACAUCCGUGGUUCAUAAUUGAUCAAUCAAAUUCGCACCUGUUCGGGAAGAACCGUAGAACGUUGCCGUCAGUCUGAGCAAUAUGGCCGCGCCAAGAAGAGUUCAUCUCACCGCAUUAUCAAGCAACGCACACUUUCCUCUGCCCGCCAUCCCUCCAGCCCAGAGUUCCACUGACCAAACUGUCAAACCGGGUUUACCUGCGCCAAUCCCAGCGGUAGAAUCGUCACUCCCUCCACAUGCUGCGACCAGAGUGGAAUUAAAGCUGUUCGAGCCGGAUGAACAACGCUGCCCGGAGUUUAACUACCCGGAUUUGAUCAGCACAAAGGAAACCACUGAGAAAACAAAACAAACAUUCGAUGAAGUGGUGGAAGACACAGUUAGAGAUGAACUGGAGGCACUUGCAAAAAAAUUUGAAGCAAAAUAUGGUGGAGCUGGCAAAAGAAAAAAAGACAGAUUACAGGACCUGGUGGAUAUGGGCUUUGGUUACGAUGAAUCCGAUUCAUUUAUUGACAACUCUGAGGCUUAUGAUGAGCUCGUCCCAGCUUGUCUGACCACCAGAUAUGGAGGCUUCUACAUCAACUCUGGGACUCUGCAGUUCCGGCCAGCUUCUGAUGAAGGAGAGAACGAGAAUGAUUUUGAGGACAGUGGCCUUAAACCCAAGAAACGAAAGCUUAAGCAAGGAAAAGACAAGAAGAUGAUGAAGAAGAAAAGAGAUGAAUAUGUGCUUGCUAAGAAGGAUGAGGAGGAAUUCAAGAAAAGCACCCCGCCAGAUAAAUCAUCUGCAAAGAAGAAGAAAAACAAGAAGCCAUUAAGUAUCGAUAAAAUGCUGAAGAAGUUCCAUAAGGAGAAGCUUCAGCAGAUGAAGGAGUUUAAUUCGAGAGAGAGAGAGCUCCAGUCUCUCCAUGCCACACACACAGGUCCCGCCAUACAAGCGGAGGUUCAGGAAGCGCCGGUUUCAUCUGACCCUCUUCUCUCACUCAUCGGUUCUGCCAGUGCAGACGACCUCCUGCAAGCAGUCAAAGCAGCAGAGCAAGACUUUGACCUGGAUGAUCUGUUGGGCGAGCCACAGAACAUCUGCUCUCCAGGUCUGGAGGAGGAGAAUGGAGAGGCUCUGGUAGUGUCUGUUGCUGAGAAACCACCUGCAUUACUUCCCGAUGGUCUACCGCCUAUGCUAGAGCAACACAUUAAGGACAUUUCACAGGCUGCCAAGAACAUUGAAGGACAAAAUAAGAUGGAGAUUUUGUCUUCAGAACUCAACAGUGUUUUACUAGAUGUGGAAGUGAACUCUAAGCAGCUCGGUGGGAAAAUCCGUUCCAGAAUCUUCUCCUACUUGGCAUCACAGCUGUCCUGCAACAAAGGCACACUGGUUAAAAGAGCCAAAAAGCUCCACAGUCAACAGCAGGAUGAGCAGAUGCAGGAGCUGCUGAAGAAACUGGAGAAUGCGGUUGCCAAAUCAAUGCCAGAGCAGAUCACCCGCUUCCAGAACCACUGCCAGGCUCACUCUGAAGCCAGAGCUGCCAAACUCGAGGCUGAAAAAGAGCGAGCGAUUGAUGGAUCUGAUGAGGAAGAAGAAGAGAGGAGUGGAAAACGGGUGUUUGGGCCUCGCAAGAGAUUCAGAUGGAAUGAAGAGAUCAGGGAGCUGCUCUGUGAGAUUGUCAAUGUGAAAAUGAUGAUUUAUGAUUCAGAGUCGCCCUGCUGCUCUAGUUUAGAGGAGUAUCUGAAAGCGUUCCUGGAGGCGGAUGUUAAGUCACUUUGGCCUAAAGGGUGGAUGCAGUCCAGGAUUCUGCUUAUAGAAACCCGAAAAGCACAUGGUCACAUCACUGGUGUUGUGGCAAGGAAGAAACCAAUAGGUACAACAAAACUAAAGAAGGCCAGUGGUGCCCCCGAGGACAGUAGGACUGUCCAUGAAGUUCAGGGUCCGCCGGCUCUGAAACGCAAGCGUCUGGGUUUACCUGCAAACAUGCAGCCUGAAGCAGCAGCCACGCUGAGCACCACUGCCAAAACCCCAUCCAACAGCUUCUCCACGCAGCCCUGCAUCCAGAGCCACAGAUCUUCAGCCGCUGCCAGCAACAAGACAGAGAAGCAGAGGAGUCUGGUCAGCGCUGAGGCUGCUGGGGAUUCAGAGGCUGGAGAGAAGGCCAGUCUGAAGCUGACGCUGGUGGCUCCUCCAGAUGGAGCGCAGGGUCACUGUCCGUCAGUGGUGCAGGGGGUGGCCAGACUGCUGACCACCACUGCCUCCAGAGGACACACACACGUCUCUAUGGCAGCCGCCGCGGGUGAGAUCUCCUGUGGGACUCCAGCUCUGCCCACCCCAUCUCUGUCUCUCCUGCCGUCCUCUUACCCCUGCAGUGUCCAGCCUGGAGUUUUGCCUGGUUUUAACCCUCUGCACGCGCUGCCGUUCCCUGGCCUGAGCCCUGGCAGCAAACUCUCCACACAGACACAGGCAUGCAAAACAGCUGUUUAUCCUGGAGCAUCUGGAGCCUUCCAGCACGCGCUCACUCACGGGAAGUCCAUGCUGUGCUCUAGCACUCUUCAUCUUCUCUCUGUCUCUCCUGCUCCGCUUCAUUCUCUCUCUUCAUGGCUCUUUGGUUUAGAUGGAAGCCAAAUCCACAAAGACGGUCUUAACGCUCGGAGAAAACUACAUUAAUGUCCAUAUGAAUGAAAAAUGGACCGCUGUUAUCCAAAGCCACUUUUCAGCAUCAGAUUGAGCUGAUGUGACUGAACAUGGACAAAGAUUACGGCUUAAGGAGACAUUUCAUUCCUACAUUUUAGAAUCAGAACGAUUGUUUAUUUACAGGAGGAAAUGCACUGAUCCCAAAUGGACUAUAAUGUAUUUUUGUGUUGUUGUUUUUCAAGGUAUUUAAUGAACUAGUAUUUAAUUGAAUGACAUGACCUGCCGUGUGACCUCGGUGCAAACGAAUGCACUUGUAAUGCACUUAAUUAAGCUAAUUCUUCACUUUCGGGGAUGAUCUGACUUUGAAGAGUCCUAACCUAUUUAUGAAUUGAAAAUGUAAUUAUUAUAAUAAUAGUAAAUGACAUGCCGGGGGUGUGAGUUUUUACUGCACGCGUAAUACUGCAGUGAUUACUAUAUGUAAAUGAAGUCCCAAUCUGUUAUGCUAUAGGCAGAGAUUGCACUUUUUCCUCAGUUGUUUUGUUGUUGGACAGGGUAACGAACAUGAUGCCAGUGUAAUGAUCUCAGGGCUGUUUAAGUACAGUGGCCAAAAUUCAGUAAUGCUGCAAAAUGUGUUGAGAACAUGCACUUGCUUUUGUUUUUGAACAUGCUUAAAUAAUGACUUAUUUGAGAGAAAAAAAAAAACAUUUGAAGGUAUU